AUGAGUAGUAAUAAAGUACUUGAUUCGAUAGACGCAUUUAAAUUGAAUGCUAGUGCUGCCACCAGAAAUUAUGUUUGUAAACCUCGUAUAGAUUAUCGAACUGUUUCCAGUGUAAAUGGGCCACUUGUAGUUUUAGACCAUGUCAAGUUCCCUAAAUUUGCAGAAAUUGUAAAUUUAACUUUACCCGAUGGAUCGCGACGCGCUGGACAAGUUCUUGAAGUUCAGGGUAAAAGAGCGAUUGUGCAGGUUUUUGAAGGCACUCCGGGCAUAGAUUCAAAAGCGACUCACGUUGAAUUUACCGGCGAUACGCUUCGAAUUCCAGUUUCUGAAGAUAUGUUAGGUCGAAUUUUUAAUGGAUCGGGAAAAGCUAUUGAUAAAGGCUCCCCGAUUAAUCCAUAUUCACGUAUCUAUCCCGAGGAAAUGAUACAAACUGGUAUUUCUGCUAUUGACACCAUGAACUCUAUUGCUCGAGGGCAAAAAAUACCAAUUUUUUCGGCAUCUGGUUUACCGCAUAACGAAGUUGCCGCUCAGAUUUGUCGUCAAGCAGGUCUUGUCAAAAAGGUCGAUAAGGGAAUAUAUGAUGAUCAUGAGGAUAAUUUUUCUAUUGUAUUUGCUGCGAUGGGUGUUAAUAUGGAAACGGCGCGUUACUUUAAACAAGAUUUCGAAGAAAAUGGAUCAAUUGAGCGUGUUACUCUGUUUUUAAACUUAGCUAACGAUCCAACUAUUGAACGUAUUAUUACACCUCGUCUAGCAUUGACUACAGCCGAGUAUUAUGCCUAUCAACUUGAGAAGCAUGUUCUCGUUAUUUUGACUGAUAUGAGUUCAUAUGCUGAUGCUUUGCGUGAAGUUUCUGCAGCACGAGAAGAAGUACCUGGACGUCGUGGCUACCCAGGUUAUAUGUACACAGAUUUAUCCACAAUAUACGAAAGAGCUGGGCGUGUUGAAGGCAGGAAUGGAAGUAUAACACAAAUUCCCAUUUUAACGAUGCCUAACGAUGAUAUUACCCAUCCAAUUCCCGAUUUGACAGGAUACAUUACAGAAGGGCAAAUAUUCAUAGAUCGACAAUUACAUAAUCGUCAAAUAUAUCCACCUAUCAAUGUCUUACCAUCUUUAUCCCGUCUAAUGAAAUCUGCUAUUGGUGAAGGCAUGACUAGGAAAGACCAUUCAGAUGUUUCUAAUCAAUUGUAUGCUAAAUAUGCUAUCGGGAGAGACGCGGCUGCUAUGAAAGCUGUAGUUGGUGAGGAAGCUUUGAAUCAAGAAGACAAACUUUCUUUGGAGUUUUUGGAAAAAUUCGAAAAAUCUUAUAUAGCACAAGGUCCAUAUGAGUCUAGAACCAUUUAUGAGGGACUAGAUCUUGCUUGGUCCAUUUUACGUAUAUUCCCAAAGGAGAUGCUAAAUCGUAUACCACAAAAAAUCUUGCAAGAAUUUUAUCAACGUGAUCGAAAAGCAAAGGGCACUGCACAUAAAUCAAGCAACAAAUCAACCGCUACAGUUGAUGCCGAGACAGAUUAA